GGCUGUAAAGGUCUCUGACGUGGCUGGGAGGAAAAACUACCCUGGGGAAAGAGGAGAAAAACCUGCUGCCCAACCCACCAGUGGAAAAAUAAUUGGGGCUUGAGUGCUCGGUCAUCGGCGGCAACUUUGGGGGCUGCUAAAGCAUCUUUUAACCUGCCUUUAGAAGCAAAGCCACGCUGCUUUGUGAAGCGAAAACCCAAAGAUCUGCGGAGGCUCGACCGCUGCCUCGUUUCCCAUCGGCUGCUGCCCCGUCUCCCCUCCUGUGGCUUUUGGCCACGCGUGUGCUUCUCCGCGGCCCCGGACGGCGUCACUGAGCGGAUGCUGCCGGCUGUGCCAAGGGGUUGAGCUGACACCCGGCACAGGGUUUUGUGGUUGAGCCGUCGUCGCAGCCAGCACCGAGCCCGGCAGUGGGAUUAGCCGUGCAGUGGCGAGCAGAGGGAGGCUGCAAAAGAGAGAUUUCUCUUACCUUCGGAUUACUGCAAAGAGAAAAGAGAAGGGAGAGAAAGAGGAGUCGGAGCAUCCCGCUGCGGUCGCACCAUGCCACUCGCCCGCCCCACCGGCCAAAUCCCUGAUGCCGCUUGGACCUCGGGCUUCAGGGAGAUGACGGAGCCCUGGAAAGGUGCUGUCGGCUGCCUUGGCGUGGCCGUCUUCUUCGCCAUGACCAUCGGCAUCAUCUCCUGGCAGGCGCUGGAGCAGUCACCGGAGGAGUGGGUGCUGCGGGGCCGCACCGGUGGGAUGCUGUGGGAGCGCCGGCGGGGUGCCCUGCUCCUGCGGGCGCUGCCGGCAGGGCGGACGGUGGCGGUGAUCACGGUGGGCGGCGUGCCGGCCGCCGAGCCGCCUCCGCCACGGGACCGCUGCUGGCACGACGGUGGGCAGUUCUGCUAUGCCUGGGAGGAGGAUGCCGAGCUCCGGCUCUCCCUCGAGCCCUCGCCAGCCCCCGCCACUGAGUGCUACAGCGUCCACUGGACCCCGCUGCGCCCCGACGUGAUGCUAAAGGAUUGCUUCUCCAUGGCCAACGUCUCCUGGUACGGAGGGGCGAGCAUCCGCGCCCAGCGCUGGCCGCUCAACGGCGCCGAGAGCCACGCGCAGCCCUUCGUCAGUGGUGACUUCAGCAAAAACCCCGCUGGCUACGGGCCUGUUUUGGAGAGAUACUUUUUAGGCUCGACAGGAGUGACGGUGACAGUGGCGCCCGACGUGCCCCUUCUCCUCUCGCUGGAGAGCAAUAGGCAUUUCUGCCUGGAAAUGCCGGCGGGGAGAGCCGCCGUGCCCCUGCACUACCUCAUCUGCGUCAGCCCAGACGUUGCAGCCGCCCACCAGCUCGUGGGCAGCCAGCUCGUGGGGCAGGCGCGGGCGCUGCCGGACACGGCCCUCCUGGGGUCUCCCGUCUGGCGGUAUCACGGCCCGGCGGGUUCGGCUGCCAAAAUAAAACGAGGUCUGAGGUCGCUGGCCAAGAGAUUGAAGCGGCAUCGUCUUCAGGAGGGGGUCCUGGCCCUGGGGGAGCGCUGCACCGCCAUCCUCGCUGCCGCGGACCACGUGCCCUCAGAGCGGAGGAAGAGGCACGACUCGACCCGCGCCUGGGACCCUUCCCUGAUCGAACCGCUGCAGCUCUCCAUCACGCUGUCCCCGUACGCCAGCAUCGCCUCCCCGCUCUUCUUGCGCUCGCUGCGGGACGGCGAGGCGGCGAGCUACUGGCUGAGUCUGCAGCCCCAGUCCGGGGGCUGCUCGGUCCCACUGCUGACCACGUGGAAGGGGCGGCUUUGCGCCCGCCUGAACAUCACCAGCGAGGCGGCGCUGAGCUGGUACCUGGCACGUGCCCGGCGCCUGCAGCAGGUGCUGGGAGCCGCGUACGUGGUCUUCGAGGGUGCCGAGGGCAAUGCUUUCCUGGAGCAAGAUGUCCCACCUCCUGCAGAGCUGGUGGGCGACCAAUACACCGGGGCACUGGCAGCGGCGCUGGCGACGCUGGGAAACACCACUGUCAUCAGCGCCGGUGCCAGAUCCAGUCAUCUACCGCUCUUCCUCCAGAUGAGCCCGCUGCACUCGGACUGGAGCCACGCUGGGCUGAAGGGGGUUAUUCCCUCCGUGCUGCACUACAGCCUCUUGGGCUACAACUUCUUCAUCCCCGAUGCAGUAGGAGGGAGCCUGGCCAGUGAUGCCCCAGGGGACCCGGAGCUGUACGUGCGGUGGCUGCAGAUCGUGACGUUUCUCCCCGUGAUGGCCUUCAGCACGCCGCCCUGGCUCUGCUGCGACGCCUGGGUCUUGAAUCUUACCCGGCAAUGCAUACAGAGGCACCAGGACUUCGUCGUGCCACUCCUCCUAAAAUACAGCGAGGAAUGGCUUAGUUUGGGGUACCCCAUCUUCCGGCCGGCAUGGUGGCUCAGUCCCACAGAUCCAACUGCUUUUACCAUAGAGGAUGAAUUUCUCAUUGGAGAUGAGGUCCUGGUUGCCCCAAUAACAGAAAAAGGGCAAACGUGGAGAGAUAUCUACCUGCCUGGAGAAGGGCAUCUAUGGAUGGACACCAACACUGCCCGUGUGUUUGAUGGAGGCACCAUCCUCAGGAAUUAUUCCGCCAGCCUUGCAGAGGUGCCAGUUUUUGUAAAGACCUCCUAAAUUCACAGACUGCUGCAGAUUUUGGACAGUUGACCUCUUUCAGAGCAGCACUAGCCAAAUGUGCUCGUUCUUCCUUGAGACUAUUUCAGCCUAUUUGCACUUUUCCAAGAACCACCCCCCCCCCCCUUUUUUUUUCCCAGCAGAAAUUGUUUAAAUCUUUUAUUAUUUGCUGUUAUUCUAAAAUAGCAGAAAUACAGCUUUGGCACAAACAUACAUCCAUGCAGAAUGCUGACCUAUAUCUUUCCAGGGUUUUCCCACUGAAGUGUGUGUGUGUGUGUGUGUGGUUUUUUAGGUGGGCACAUCCAGCAUUUCCAGGUCCCCGGCACCAUGCUCAAAGAUGUGGCCUUGUCCAGAGAGUGGAUUUUCCAGAAUGGGAGAUAAACAAACAUCAGCUUAUACCCAAGGGGAUGCUUUGCAUUUAAAGAAAAAAGUAUACACAGGGAAAACUAAAUAUGAUAGCUCCAUUCAUGUGCACGGACAUCAGGCGUGCUAAAUGAUACCUGCUUCUCUCAUCUAAUGCUGUGUGUAUGGUCCCUCAGGAGAGUCUUUGGUAGCAAGAGCCUGACUUGGAGGAUAAUUGGAAAACUGGGUGAAUUCCAGGUCUAUUGGAAGCAGGUUUCUGUAGAAGAAAACCAAAAUGGAUCAAGCAAAGGAGUGGCUCUAACAGAGUGUGAUGUGGACAGACAGGAUGAUUGGCCACCUUGGAAUACAAACUCCAGAGCGCAGCACUGAACUCCUGUGUGCCCCAGCUAGUACUUUGCACUAUUUGUUGAAUUUUGGUUUUUUCCAAUUCUUUCUGGCAGUGCAAGAGGGAUCCAGUGUGACCAGCCUUCUUCCACCCAGCAGAAACCAUAUCAAUAGGCAAAAGAGAUGUCCCACAUGCUGAAUAUGCAUUUACGGAGAUGAUUAGCUACUCUGAUAACCCAAGUUAGGGAUUAAUGGAACGUUAAUGUGUACAUUAAUGGGGUGAUUUCACAGGCUAGCAUUUGAGGGCAGAGUGAAGUGGCAGUGAAGAGCAAGUUUCAGCCUGCAGACUGUGCUACAGGCACUGCUGUCAGGCUUGGGCACAUCCACCCUCCAGCAAUGAACGGCAUCAGCCAGCAACUUGUUUUUUUGUGGAAACUGCUGCUGUAUCAAGCCACAGCUCUGCUGAAAAAAAUGAGAUGUAAGGGGUACCAGCUCCUCCCAGCACUUUUUCCCUGAAAAGGGCAGGAAAGCAAAACAAUACAAAUGAAUUAGUUUGAGCCACAGAAGCCUAGGGACCUCAGAGGUGAAGAGCUGAGGUGGGGAUGUGGGGAGCCACGCAGCUCCUUCCCUGCUCCACAGAGGUACACGACGGGGCUAUGGGGAGCACCCAGAGGAAAAUGAUGGGGCCUGAGGAGGACAACCCAAUGCACAGCCGGCGGUCUAGGCAAUUCCAAAAUACCUAUAGAGGUUGCUGAGACACAGAAAAAGGCACCAGUUGAAAGAAAAGAACCUCUCCCUAACUGCAAUACAAAACUUGUUUAUUUGAAGGGAGGUCGAGCCAGGGAACAGGUUGCCCGGAGGGGUGCCGGAGGCUCCGUCCUUCGCGAUCAUCAGAGCCUGACUGGAUGCAGCGCUGGGCAGUCUGCUCUGGCUGACCCCGCUCCAGCAGCGGGCUUGGACUAGGUGAUGUCCAGAGGUCCCUUCCCACCUCCUCAAAUCCAUGACUUGUCAUGAGAGGAGACGACAGGAGCAGUUCCUGCCUCAGCCGGAGCGGGGAGGCUGCCUUGAUCCU